AUUUGUGGGUGAGGCAGCCUCAGGAGUUCUUUGGCUGGCUGAGCUGAAGAUACAUUUAAGAAUGGGGCAGCUCCAGCUGGAGCAAAGCAGUCAGCUCAGGUAUUAGGCAAACAGAAAAUGCAAGAAACCCAACAGGCAUACACCAAGGAAAGCCAGGAAGAUUACAAGACUCAACUGGUUUUAACAGAAAAGAAAUAGUGACCGGAAAAACAUAAGGAAGUGCUGAGCUCAAGAGACUUUACGGCCUGUUGGUGCAACUUCAGCGGAAGGAACUGGGAAACUCCAAAUACCAUGAGGCUCGCAUUAACAUCAUAAGAGUUGGCAACACUGCAAAGUUUUAUAGUUGUGGAGGGGAUGAUGGAACCCAGCAGAGAGUGGAGGGGCAAGAUGAAGUCAACCAGUGACGCUAACAUGGAAGAGAUCUCUCUGGAGGAUGAGGACAGAGACACUGUGGAAUACAAAGUUCUCAUGGCCUAUGCCCAGCGGCGACUCUCUGUGAGUAAAUAUGGGCAACUUCUGGAAAGGGAGGCGAAGACCUUGAAAGGAUCUUCUACAGAGAGAGGGGAAAGGAAAGGGAUCCCUCAAGCCAAUAAAGAUGAGAUGCACCAAGAAUUGUCAAUCCAGGACAAAGGGUCCACUGCCCAACAUAAAAAGCAAAGGAAGAAAAAGUUCAUGCAGAGAUGUCUGUUGCUUUUCUCCUGUGCCAGAGGAGAGAGGGAGGAGGGCCCACAGGAGCUAGCCACAAACCAAGACACUGUGAAUGGGUAUGGCUUAAAGUUGCAGAUGGCACUCCAGAGAUCAGGCACCUCUUCUCCAGAGUCAGAAGGUGAGGCAGAGGGUUUUCUUCACGUUGCAGACAGACUUGCUAAGAUAGUUAAUGCCAGGUCGCACUCAGCUCCCCGGGGAGUGGGUUUCAGAGCACUAGAGCGCACUCCAAGUCUAGAAGCUGAUGGUGGACACCUCAAAUUCCCUCAGCAAGAGGGAGGUGAAAAAGAUGAAGAAGAGAGGAUAAUAGAAACAAUAGUUGCAUUGUUAAGACAAUCAGGGGAUAAACUGGAAGAAACGAUAAAAAAGGACAGCACUUUCUAUCACUGCGUCACAAAGAUGCUCUCCUAUGCCUUCUUCAAGAAACUCACUGAUCAGUACCUGGAGGAAGUCCCAGGAGAUUCUACCAGGGAGACAGAAGGCAAAAUACAGUGCACCAAAGCUGCCUUUGUGAUGGAAGUUACGACCAGACUUACAGCCGUCGACUACCAUCCUAUGAACAUGGUCCUUGGGUUUGGAGUAAAGUACCUCAAAGAAAAUUUUAGUCCUUGGAUUCAGAACCAUGGUGGAUGGGAACAUGCCUUGGGAUUAUUGGAUGAGGAAGAAGUAGAAUAAACUUGAGCAGAUUCACUCUCCAGGUCUUUUAAUAGCCUUGGAUAGGCAAAGAGGCUGUAGCUUUACAACAAUCCAAUGCCAGAGUGAUUUUGGAAGGGGAGGGUAGAAAAGGAGAAUGCUGGGACUUGAAAGUCCCCAAGGGAAGGAAGUGUGAACACUCUUCUUGAAGCUUUCUGUUAAGGUGGAAAUGUUAAUCAAUGUGUAGGAGAACAAGACUAGCUACUUUUCUCAGGGUGAGCAAACACCUCACUGGCCAUAGAGUGCCGCCUCGUGCCUCAUGGCUAACAUGACUUCAGAUGCCUUUUUAAACCUUGUAAUGGAUGUGUCUUAAGGUUCAAAUACCACAGUGUGUAAUCCAUGCCAAGAAACACCUGAGUGUAACUGAGCUACAGCUGCAAGGCCAGAUUUUCAUGUGCUCUGAACCCAGCGAUGGGGCCAUAUUUUCCCACAGAGCUCAGCAUGUUAAGUUCUGCAAAUGCUUUUCGGAAGCUGACCCUUAAUGCUAUCACCGCACCACUUACAAUCACGUUGUCUCCUGCUCAUGUGUUACACAGGGCUGUCAACUCUCUCUCCAUCUCCCUGUCCAGUUGGACCCCAUGAAUGAAUGCUCCCAUUGAUUUCAGUAGAAGGGUUUGGGGUUUUUGGGAAGGGAGGGGAAGACUAUGAGUUGAGGAAGGCUAUUCUUGUCAGACUUUUAGCUCUUUAAUUUCAUUGUCUUCUCCUCUAUAUAGACCAACCACUCACCCAUUUGUAUAGGUAUUUUUAAUUUGGCCUAGUGCUAUUAUAUUUUCAAUUCUCUGGAGCCAUAUUGUUCUCCUAAGCAUUAAUUGGACUAGUAGUCCAGAAAAUACUAGUAGUGUGAAGGCUACAUAAUUCCCAGCAUUUAACUUGUCUUUUGAAGGGUAAGGAAAAUUAGCUUGGAGAAAGAGAGAUGCUGCAUGUUAAAAAGUAGAUGAGAAGAACAUCUGAUGAAACAUUCAGUAACCAGAAUUGGAACUUUGACCAUUGAGAUUGAGCAAUACACUUAUGCCUCCUGGCACCAAUUAUUAUACUGGAGAGAAUAAAUUACAUUGGUGUGGCAUUUAGACUAUACACAACUGCUGGUGAAACCAUUCCCAAUGCUGUUCCAUGGUUUGUAGCCCACAGGGCUGCUAUUUUUUUAACUGGAAAGAGGAAGAAUUUAGAACACGAGCUGAAAUUGUAAAAUCCUGGAGUUCCAUGCAUGACUCUCCACAGGCACGGGGUUACACUUCAUGAAAAGACUCUACCUUUUUUUCCUGAGUUAUCCUUGCAUUAUAUCUCCUCAUUCUCUAUUCAGUAUAUUCACAGGAGAUGCUGUAAAUGUUGAGUGGAGGAAAGAACAUACUAACUUCUACAAAUCCAAUUAAUCUGAAUUAAAGGCCCAGGAAGAGUUUAAAUUCUCCACUAAAAUAUGCCAGGCUGUGGCCAAUAACUAAGACUCAGCAGGAAUCAAGUAUCUUUCUAAUAAAUUAUUUAAUUUAACCUUGACAAGAUGGUGUGUAACAAACUCUGGCUCUAGCCUUGGCUACACAUGGCCUCAAAGUGACUGGGUGCUUAAUUUGACACAUCUUAAAGGGACCUGUCAGAGGGUUUUGCCAUUUUCUCACAAUCAGGCCCUUGCACCUUGUGACAUCUCAGAUUAGGCACCCUAACUGAUUAGCCACUUCUGAUAAAUUAGGCCAUAGCCAGAUCACCUAGUAUCUGGUGUCUGCUUGACAAACAUCCACCCAUAUUUCCUUCUAGCUUCUGUUUUUUAGGCCCCCCCACCUCACACACACAUUCAAAGGAGUCUUUUCAGAAGAGAUUAGAUUAUGCACAUCAUGUUGUAGUGUAUGUCUCCUCUGAUGCUGCGGUAAAGCUGGACCAUAAAUGUCAAGGAAGAGCCAUGACCAUUUUUAAUCAAGAAUCAUUGAGCCUGUUACAGGGCUAGCCCCUCAGCUGCCAUGAAUGGGCCAUAUUUGCCCACAUACACCAGUUGAAGAUCAGGUCCCUCAGUAUUGGAUAUAACAACUCUGCUGUUUUGGACUGCAAGAGGAUGGCCUUUGUUACUCUUAUGUGGUCUGGGGGACAUUGGUGGUGCACAGUGAGGUAUGUUCCUGCCCUGUUAUGAACUUGAAUCAGGCAAUAAGCUGAUGGGGUUAAAUUCCACAUUCAAGCAAGCAUGCACAACUCCAUCGUGAUCAGUGAGGUUAUGCUAGAGCUGUAUUUGGUCUAGUGUGUGUUUCAGCCAAUCAAAGGCCAGUUUGUUAUGAAAUAAGAUGGAUUCUGACCAAGGGACACUGUAUUUAUUUUCCCUGACUUGAAUCACAGUCCACCGUUCAGCAGGGUCCAGCCAAUGCUGUUUUUAACAUGCUGCAAAUGGCAUAGCACUGCUGGAUCCACAUCCCUUUUCUGGUGUGGUGCUGCUAGUGUGUUAAUUGCUCACCAAGAAGGACAGAGAGAUGGAAGUUGGCUUGAAUGUAACAGUGAAAAUUAGCCAUCCAAAAAUAAGCAGCUGUUUUUUAUUUUGCUUGGUGUUAGUGGGCUGGGAUGAGAGGGAUUUUUCUCCAGCAGCAGGAGGGGUCAAUGCAGAACCUCAGUCAAGUGAGCUGUUUCUUAUUUAAAUAUUCUUUCAUUUUUCAUACAUGGCACAGUUACUCGUCAAGUGCAACCUACUUCUUCAGCAAAGCUCAGUCAUAACCGUUGGCCUGAAAUGAUGGCUUUCAUUUGCUGUAGGCUAGUGUGAAAACUUGUGCACCACUCUUGUAAUUGCAGUUAAUUGCAGUCAUUGAAAAUCUCAUUGCAGGGCCAAACACUAGUUAUCCACGAUGAAUAAAAGAGUACAAUAAAUCUA